AGGUCCCCGCUUGCCCAUUGCGUCACAAACGUGUCACAUCCUUUCUUCCGCGCAAACUUCAACAUUUCACACGUGCUAUGUUUAUCGUGAGCACCCUCGAAAUUGAAUGUUCGAUUGAACGGACACGGCAUCUUGACGGCGGACCUGGACCUGCUGCGCGGUCCUUCUUGUUCUUGACCUUGCAGACUGCAGCGUGCUGGCUGCACCUCUUCCAUCCCUGCACCUUGCCCAUCCUUCGACAUUGCUGUCUUUACGUCCUACUUGCUUGAGACUGUCCGCCUCCAACCGUCCCCUACUUACGGCCCCACCCACCCACAACUUCAACAAUGCUCACCCACACGGCUGCAUUCUCCCUCGCGGUCCUGCUCCUGCGUUCCACCUUGGUCACAGCAGAGUCGCACACCAUUAAGUUCGACAAUCAGUGCGGGUAUGGGACGCCCACCCUAAUCCAAGGCGGCAACACCCUCAGCCUCAACGACGCCAACGAGUACACGUCGAACGGUCAAUUCGCUGCCGCGAUCGCAUAUCUACAGACCGGCGACUGCAAGUACAACGGCGAGGGCUGCAUGACGACUGAAAUCACCCUUGUCAACCCCAGCAGCGCGGGCUCGGGCUCGAGCGUGGACCUGUCCUUAAUUCCUCCGCUCGCUUUCAAUGUCCCGACCACCUUCUCGUACUACGGCGGCUGCGACGGGGAUGGGAAGACGUGCGACUCGGACAGCUGCGGUGUCAACGCGUUCUUCAUCUCCACCGACUACCAGGCGCAGGUGCAGUGCCAGGAGGAUGAUGUCAACCUCCUGAUUACCUUCUGCGGCAACGGCAAUGGAGCCUCGCAGUCGUCCGAGGCAGCGUCAUCGCCGACAUCGUUCUCCACCGCGGCCUCCUCGUCUGACGCCGCUUCCUCCACCGCCGCUUCCUCGGCCCCCGCUUCCUCGGUCCCUUCGUCUGGCGCGUCCACACCCAGCUCCACGUCGCCCUCCGCCACCUCCAAAGCCAUCCUCUCCGCCGAGACAGGCAACGCCCGCUGCGCCAACCGAGUGCGCCGUCGCGCUGAGAGACGCAACGCGAAGCGCGUGGCGAAGCAUAGGCGGUCGGGGCACAGGCAGUGAAGGCGUGUAAGCCGUCAUCCGUCAGGCUUCAGCCUUCAGGUGCCUAGGCGCAUAGGACGGAGUCCAUCAGGAGUCCAAGUCGUUUUCCAUCCGUAUUGCGCGCCGGGAACGCGUCGUUCAUGAAGAGCCAGCUCUUCCGUAGUCGUACUCUAUAUCAUAUCGUAUAGCAUCCUUUGUAGCUGUAGGGUCACCUUUGCUCGCUGCGCGAGUGUACUAUCACAUUUUAGUGUUCACUAGAGCAGGCCAGGACCUUGCAGUCAAGGCGCCUAAAGAGGCAGUGA